AUGGAUAUUGAAGACAAGACAGAGACUUCUUCAGGUUCAAGUGACUCUGUCUUGCGUCUCACGAGACCCAUAAAACCUAGUGAUGAAACAAAACCUACCUUGUCCAACACGGCGACAAAGACAACGAAAUACAAAGGUAUUGUAUUACAGCAGAACGGACAUUGGGGUGCGCAGAUAUACGUAGACCAUCGAAGGAUUUGGCUCGGUACUUUCAAAACCGAGGCUGAAGCCGCUACGGCUUACGAUAGCGCAUCGAUCAAGCUACGAAAAUUUGAUGCUAACUCGCACCGGAACUUCCCUUGGAAUGAAUUUACUGGCUAUGAACCGGUCUUUCAAGCAACUUUUACAACAGAAACUGUGUUGAACAUGAUCAGAGACGGUUCUUAUCCGCAUAAGUUCAGAGAAUAUCUCAGAGUCCAAUCUCGGAUUCCCCCGAAUACGCCCGUUGUUGGAACAAAACAAGUCCAAGGAGAAGGAGAAUCGAACAUGUGUUUCGCUUGCGCGCAGCUUUUUCAAAAGGAAUUGACACCGAGCGAUGUAGGGAAGCUUAACAGGCUUGUGAUACCUAAGAAGUAUGCAGUGAAGUAUUUACCUUUCAUAAACGAUGAUCAAAACGAGAGAGGAGAUGGCGAAAAAGGAGGAGAUGUGGAAGAUGUUGAGGUUGUGUUUUACGACAGAGCAAUGAGACAGUGGAAGUUUAGGUAUUGUUACUGGAGAAGUAGCCAGAGCUUUGUCUUUACUAGAGGAUGGAAUGGUUUCGUCAAGGAGAAGAAACUCAAGGAGAAAGAUGUUAUCGUCUUUUACAAUUGCGAUGUACCGAGCAAUGUGGAGAUCUCAGAGGGUCAAAGCAAGAACUUCUUGAUGAUCGAUGUUCAUUACUUUUCGGACAACUGUUUCGCGGUACCCGAGGAAGCAAACAAGACGUUUUCGGACAACGGUUUCGCGGUACCCGAGGAAGCAAACAAGACGGUUCAUGAGAGUUCUGAUGAAAAAGAAAUCAACUUUAUGCCGAAACUAGAAGUUGAAGAAGCUAAACCAGAGGAGAAGAAAAGAGGGUUUAUGCUCUUUGGUGUUAGGAUCCAAUAG